AUGCCCAAAGUGUCCAGAACGCCUUCCCGCUGGCGAUAUUGCCGCCACUUCAAGCCACUUACCAUUCACUGCGAGUUUCCUCCCGAACGCGCGUGCACUCCCCCCCCCUUGACACAGCAUACCGUUUUUUCUCGGGACACAGACACGUCGAUACCUGGCGCUGACAUUGACGUUGCCCAACCUAUGCCCCCUGCUGUUCAGUUUGCUGAACAAUCACCCAUUACGAAGAUUCCAAAGCCGCAUGGAGAAGUCUCCCGUAUCAAUCAUGGAGGAUACAACUUACAAGAGAAACUCGGUUGGUCUCCUUUGGAGUACGAAGAAAUUCGUAAUUUCGUCACACAUCUCGCCAACGAAUAUCUCAAAGUCAACAAGACGUGGAGGAGACAAGCGCAGUGUAGUUUGACUGUUGUAUAUACAGAGGCAAAGAAACGGUAUCCAAUACUUGGAGACUAUCAAGGAGAUUGGGCUGUUGGUGAUAUGCUACGUAUCUAUUUAAAAAAUAGUUCUAGUCACAGUACUUAG